GCCCCUGCCUCUCUAAAUAUAUGUUCUUGGGGUAACAGUUUCACUUCUGAAAUCAUCUCUCAUCCAACAAACGAAUGCCCCAGAAACUAACUUGGCUAUGAUCUUGAACAAAUGACCUCAUAAUUCUGGAUCUUGAAUUUCUCAUCUAUCAUAUAAGGUUGAUUUGAUGAUUUAGACUCAACUUCUUUAAAACCAACAAAAAAGCACACAAAUUAAUGGAAAUUUACCAACUUUUUACCAUAGAACCUUCUCAUCAUUAAAUAUCACUGGUGAGAAAUUAAUUGAUCUUUUGAGAUCCCAGGCAGUUUCUAGUCUCUUCCCUGCAGACCUCAAAGAAAAGACCCCAUUCUUCUGCUGUCGUAUAGGGGUCACUACCUAGAAAAGGGAGCAGGACUAAAUGAUUCCUGAGCGUUUCCUCCUCUAUCUUGCUAUUCUGUGUGACUUGCACAGUGAACAAGUUUAUGUGUGAGCAUAGGGCAGCCAGCCAGCUUUGCUUUCUCAUUGUUUUUUCCUCUUUCUACCUCCUGGAAAUCCGAGUCAAAGUUAGGAGGCAUCAUGACUCUAAGCAUCCUCCAUUGAGCCAUAGCCCAGCCCUCUUUGGUUGGUCUGGGUUUCAUUCUUUAGACAUUUUACUUCGAGAGAGGAAAAGUAAAGACUAGGGACAUCAGCCGAACAAGUUGAACCCCUCAGUGGAAGAAGUUUUGCAGAUAAGAAGAACCCAAAGGACUUCCCAUAGGCGUGAGCAAAAUUGCACACACCAUCCGGAGAAGGGGGCCAGGAAAUGGCUUCUUGUUUUCCAGACAGCUCUUGAGCUCUCUUCCAUAGCUCGGUGAAAGCUGGAGAGCUGGCCACACAGCCAGGGGAGACACCCAGUUGAAAUUGGUCUUUUGCUGGAGAAAUUUUUACUGCUGAAACUUGCAGCCAUGACUUCUACAAAGUAUUCCUACUGAGUGUGAUUUCCUCUGAUGAGGAAGCAAAGCAAAUGACAUCUUAACUGAAAGCCGCACGAUUAAGAAAUUGAUUUGUCCCAGAGACAGUGUUGGACAGGCCAUACAAGAAGCUUGAAGACAUGAAUUCCCCAAGGAGACCAGUUUUCUGUUUCCUGUUCCUGAUUGUGAUUUACUCUUCUCAAGCUGCACUGAAUUUGAGUCUUGAAUCCAUUGUCCAUUCUUUGAUCAAUAGAAGUCAUGAACUAGACAGCAAUGACUAUAGAGCAGAAUCACUAAGACACAAACGAGCUGUGGCCACAAGCAGCCCUGCACCUGAAGAAUAUGAGAUUGAAAUUGAGAUAAGUUUUGAAAAUACAUCUCUCCUGGAGUCCUUCAAAGCUUACUAUAAAAACCUCAGUUUUCCAAUCCAAGUGAUAAAUACCAACUUGAGCACUGAUAUUUUAAGCAUGGAAAUUACAACAGUAUGCAGGUCCAGUGGAAAUGAGAUGCUGUGUUCUUGUGAAAGUGGAUAUAAGUGGCUCCCAGAAGUGUGCCUCAGUAACCUCACUUGUCAAAACUAUCAACACUCAGCCCCAGAAGACUGCAACUGCCUCAAGGAAUUGCCUGCCAGGGGACCCUAUUGUCAGCAAGUUAUUCUAAAAGAUAUUACACUGAGGAUGUCAGUCAAACUCAGCAUGGACUUUCAGGAUGACUUGAGGAACUCCUCCUCUGCCCUGUAUAGAUCAUACAAAACGGAUUUGGAACGAGCGUUCCGGCAAGGAUAUAGAAUUUUACCAGGCUUCAAAUCAGUGGUGAUUACAGGCUUCAGCCCCGGGAGUAUUGAUGUUGCCUAUAAUGUCAAGACAAGUAAACCAACACCAGCACAAAUGAAUGAAGCAAAUGAACAAGUCAAGAGACUGAUCAAUUCAACAUAUAAAAUGGAUCACCUCUCCUUUGAAGCAUCUCUUGAUAAUGAAACAAAGUUCUCCAUUGUCCCUGAAAUCAUCUAUGAAGGGGACACAGUCAUGAUGAAAUGUGAAAAUGAAGUACAAUCAACAAAUGUAACCUGGCGCCAUGUUGAAAGGAGCACAGACAUUCAGAACAGCAGCGAAUUCUCCAUUUACACUUAUCUGAACCACCAAGUUUCAGUUUCAAUCCUCACUAUUCAUAACAUCUCUUUGAUUGAUGCUGGUGAAUACCUUUGUUCUCUAACAUAUGACAUUUUUUACUAUGAGGGUCGAAAAAAAGUCAAUGUGAUUUCCACAGAAUUUGUGGCAUCAGAAGACCUGAAGGUGAUGUGUGACAAUAACCCUGUGUCUUUGAGUUGUUGCAGUGGAAAAGAUUUUAAUUUGAGUAAUAUUGAAUGGAAUCAGGAAGGACUAAUAAAUAUUCCAGGAAUAAGCUCCAUAGAUUCUGGGUGCAGUAAACUUACCAUCAAGGCUGAUGGAACUCAAUGUCUAAGUGGGUCAGCUGGAACAGAGGUAUUUUACAUAUGCAGUUUCCUCAGUGGCUAUGGAGCCAAUAGCAGCAAGAAGAUAAAAGUCACAUUCACAUCUGUGGCCAAUAUAACAGUAACUGCAGACCUGAUUGCUAUUUCUGAGGGACAGAAUUUCUCUAUAAAAUGCAUCAGUGACGUGAGUAGCUAUGACUCAGUAUUCUGGAACACUUCUGCUGGAACCAGAAUCAACCCAAAGUUUUAUGUCACCACAACAUGUAAUGAUAGAGCUGAAUCAGUGCUCACCGUAAACACUGCAACAAGAGAAUGGAAUGGGACUUAUCAUUGCAUAUUUAGGUAUAAAAACUCAUUCAGCAUAGCUACAAAAGAUGUUACUGUUUACCCAUUACCCCUGAAACAUGACAUCCUGCUUGAUCCCCUGGAAGCUGAUGUUCCCUGUGGGGGCUUCUGUCAUUUACGGUGCUGCAUAAAUGAGGCUGGAGACUACAGAGUUACUUUCCAGAUUGAUGGCUUGUCCUUUCCUGCUGUCAAAAAAGCUCAAGGAAAUAGAGUCUGUUAUGGAUACAGUUUAAACACAACGAUCUGGUGUUCCAAAACAGUUCAGCCGUUUUGUAACUUCGUCAAUUCAGUGGGUGAAUCAGUCCAGAGUACAACGAUGACACUUUACCUGGUUCCUGAGGAGAACAUCACCUGCCAAGAUUCUAACAUUGGCAAUGGUAAGGCAGGGAAAAUGAUUCAGAAGUUGUGCCAGUUUUCAGACAUUCCUAACAAUUCUGGUCAUGGAGUGGGAGGAACCAUCACUUACAUUUGUGAAGGCUCCACAUGGAAAGUAAAGAAGAAUGACUGUAUUGCAGCUCCAAUCAAUAAUCUGCUUGGCCUGACAAAGGCUUUGCUUAUGAGCCCUGAGCAAGAAGAGAAGCUACUGACAUACCUUCAGGAUCUGUCCAGUAGUACUGAGAAGGUGGAAAAUGAGAUUAAAUCAUCACCUGGAAACCUAAAGGCCAUUAUUACCAUCUUGGAAUUGCUGUCAACAGUCCCAACCCAAGUAACUUCAGAUAUGAUGAAACAUGUCCUCUCUACAGUCAAUGUCAUUCUUGGAAAACCUAUACUGAAUACCUGGCAAAUUCUGCAUCAGCAACAAGCCAAUGAGAGCUCUCGGUUAUUGGAUUCCAUAGAGAGAUUCUCCAGAGUGCUGCACGAGGGAAUCAGUGCCAUUCCUUCCAUCACCCAGGUCAAUGUGCAAAUGAGGGGUCUCGUGACUACUGCUGGUCAAGUGACAGACUAUGACCAGCACUUUGUCUUUCCCAAUUCCAAUCUCUGGGGUCAUGUAAUCAUUGACAGGCAUCAGAUAGAAAGCCUGCAGCCAAAUUCAUCCAUAGUCACACUGGCGUACCCAACACUCAAAGCUAUCCUGCCUCAGGGUACUCUGGACAAGAACAUAGUGAAUGGCUUGGUGAUGACAACCACAGUGAGCCAGGGUGUGACAAAGCCAUUCAGGAUUUCAAUGAAGUUUAAGAAGAAUGACCUGUCAUUGGUGGCACCUCAAUGUGUCUUCUGGAACUUUCACAUCUCCAACCACACAGGGGGAUGGGACAAUACUGGGUGCUUUGUUGACCAAGUGAAAGAGGAGAGUGUCCUCUGCACCUGCAAUCAUUUAACCUCAUUUUCCAUCCUUAUGUCUCCUGACUCUCCGGACUCCAACUCCCUUGUACAAAUAUUGCUGGAUAUCAUUUCUUAUAUUGGCCUCGGCUUCUCCAUCUUGAGUCUAGCAGCCUGUCUGAUUAUUGAAGCUUUUGUCUGGAAGUCGGUGACCAAAAACCGGACCUCUUACAUGCGCCAUGUUUGCAUAGUGAACAUCGCAGCCUCCCUUCUGAUCGCUGACUCCUGGUUCAUUGUAUCUGCUGUCAUUCAUGACCAACGCUACCUACUCAGUGAAACAGCUUGUGUGGCUUCGACCUUCUUCAUUCACUUCUUUUACCUCAGUGUCUUCUUCUGGAUGUUGACCCUGGGUCUCAUGCUUUUCUACCGCUUGGUCUUUAUCCUACAUGACACAAGCAAAUCCAUACAGAAGGCAAUUGCCUUCUCCUUGGGCUAUGGCUGCCCACUCGUCAUCUCAAUCAUUACAGUGGGGGUCACCCAGCCAAGGAAUGUGUACAUGAGGAAAAAUGCCUGCUGGCUCAACUGGGAUGACACCAAGGCUCUCCUGGCUUUCGUGAUUCCUGCACUGAUCAUUGUGGUGAUAAAUGUGACCAUCACUUUUGUGGUCAUCACGAAAAUCCUGAGACCCUCUAUUGGGGAUAAGCCAAGCAUCCAAGAAAAGAAUAGUCUGUUUCAGAUAACCAAGAGCAUCGGUGUCCUCACUCCCCUCCUAGGACUCACCUGGGGGUUUGGACUGGCCACUGUGUUCCAGGAAAGCAGUGCUGUGUUCCAUAUUGUAUUUACUCUAUUGAAUGCCUUCCAAGGGUUGUUCAUUUUGUUGUUUGGAUGCCUCUGGGACAAGAAGGUACAGGAAGCUCUGCUGCAUAAAUUCUCCCUAUCUAGAUGGUCUUCACAACACACAAAGUCAACAUCUCUGGCUUCAUCAACUCCUGUAUUUUCCAUGAGUUCUCCAAUAUCAAGAAGAUUUAACAAUUUGUUUGGUAAAACAGGAACAUACAAUGUGUCGCCCCCAGAAACAACCAUCUCAUCCACAGAAAACUCAUCCAGUGCUUAUUCUUUGCUUAACUGAAAACAGAAAACCAGUCUUGCGUGACUUCUGGGAACAAUGGACUUUACCAUUCAUUGACAAGCUUCAGAAAAGGAGAUACCUGUAAAAUACCUAUCUGAAAAACACCCUCUCCCUCAAGGCCUUAUGGCACAGACUUUUGCACUAAAGGAAGAGGUCACACUCAAUCGUGUAAAGACUUUGACUCCAAGUGGUUUUAUUGUUUACUUUUGACUUUUUUUCUUCUUUGGAAUGAACCCCAGUGUGUACAGUAUUUAAGAGAUCUUAUAACGUUACCCCAAACCUAGCUUCUUCUUUGGCUUGAAUGUGAAUUAAGGUCUUGAAAAGACAUUGACAUGGUUCUCAGUUUCAACUCUGCUUAAAAUAAUAGGGACUAAAGAGUUAGGACGCCCCCAGAAAUUGUGACUUAAAAACUUUUUAAAAUCAAAAACAACAGUCUUAGAUGUAAUGAUGAUUAUCCAAGGUGGAGUAUUCUUAUGUGGCAAAUGGGGAAAAUAGAGAAAGAUAAGAAAUUAAAAGUGAGUUGUAGUAAAGCUAGUCCAAAUCAAUUGAUGGUGCCAUUCUGAAUAAAAUACAGAAAAAUGAUGAGGAAACAGCAAAAAAAGGAAAUGACAUCAUUAAAGACCUUUUCUCUUAGAAUACAGAAUUUGCUAAAAAACAGAAGAGAUUUAUGACUCCACUUGUCUUAUCCUUGUGUUUUGAGAUUUUUAUUGAUGAAGAAAAAAGGGCAAGGGAAACUGGGAGAGUAUUCUUUUGCAGACCCAAUCACAGAGCAAGGUGAGGUGACUAGAAUUUUGUCCAAGGGUAAGAAAUUUAGAGGAUGUCUAUAGCAUCAUUCCAUGGCACAUUUCCCAAGCCUCUUCUUUCCUCACCCCAUUAUGGCUUCCUGCCCUUCCUCCUACUUCAGCAGCUUCUGAAUCUUUUAGUUUCCUUCCCUCAGGGGCUGUACUCCAGGUGAGCCUACACUUCCCUACUGCCACUUGUCCCAGGUACAGAAAUAACUAGUUAUAGUUCAUCUCAAGCAAAAAACGAAUUAUUGGUUAAAGUAAGUAGAGCUUGUAAGACAAGUCAGGUUGUUAAGUUUCCUCAUUGAGACCGCUCUUUGAAAUGUGUCCCAAUGAUCUGGAAUCUUCUCAUUGCUAAAAUAUAUCUAUUGCACUGUAAAUAAAUCUAUAUUCUGAUUAUUUAAGAGCUUUAGCCAGGUACUUCUUUUCUGUGCAUUAUAUAGUGUUAUUACUCUUUAGAUGAUUGUGAUGGUGAUGGAUGAUAUAGGUGACAGUUUCUUUUGGUGUAUUCCAAAGCUAUACAUUGUCUCCUCUAGACUUCUCAAUCACAGAGCAGUUUUCAUUUGGAAGUCUAAUAUGGUUUAAGGUGACUAUAUCUAAUCACUUAGAAAAUCUUCCACAAGUGGAUUCUAUUUUAGCUGACUUCUCUGUGUUCCUAAUGACACUUCUGGUUGAUGAAGGAUUCUUUCCUGUAUAGUCCCCAUUUUUUUCUGUGCAACCCUUAUUUUAAAGAUAAUCCUUAUCUAUAGAUAUUUAUUGAGACUCUUUGUAGUUUUGCUAAGCACAAUGCCUAUAUAAAAUGCAUAAAGGCCCUACCCUCACCCUCUAUGAAGAUUAGGCAGAUAUGUAUAGAUUGUUCCCUUUUAAUAUUUUACUUGGCAUUCCUUUUCUUAUUUCAUCUUAGCCUUUCUUUUCAUUUUUUUCACCUUUUAUUUCUCUAUGUUCUUUCAAGACCUGGAAGUGGAAUAGGGAGGGUUAAAUUAUACUUAGUAUUAGGUAUCCAUUUACAAAAAUGCAGAAAUUUAUUCCUCCACCAAGUAUAUCUAAGAAUUGCAUAACAAAUGGCCCAACUGAAGAUUCCAUGGCUAAGAAUCUAUUAAGAAUGCUAGAUUAGAGUCAGAGAAUUUAUGUUCGAAUCUCACCUCUGACACUUCUUAUGUCUUGGAGUACCCAGAUUUCUGUAGCCUCAUCUAUAAACUGCGGGAGUUUGACUAUAUGACCUUUGAGGUUCUUUCUAGCCUUAAAUGGAUGAUCCUAUAAUAAAUGAAAACAGACUAAGAGGCCCAAAUUGGGGGAUUAACAUCAUGUUGGUCUUAGAGGAGGAUUUACCUUAUUCAUCAUCUAGUUUAGCCUCCUUAUGUUAAAUUAAAAAAAAAAAACCGAAGCCUUGGAGAGGUUUGAUGGUGUGCCCAAGGUCAUUGCUCAACCCCAAGGCUGAGAAGGCUUUGGAAGUAUCUAGAACAAAGAAUGGAUAACAAGGGAAGGAGAGAGCCUGAGUGAAAUGUAAGGUUGUUUUGUCCUGGAAACUUGGUAAGAACUCAGAUGAAUGUAGCUAGAAAAGAGAUAAGCACAAAAAAGUUAUAGAACAAAGCUCGAUUAUAGGAAAUUAAGGAAAAGUGAAGAGUGAACCAGAAUAGAUGGCAAUUUUUACAUCUGGAUUUUUAAUGGGAAAGGAAAGGAAUCCCUAGAUCCAUAUCCUGAAGUUAAUUUUGAAUACUGUUGCUUCCAUUGACUUCAAUGGAAACCCUAAGGAGAUUAUUGUGCUUCACAGCAUGAACAGGACUUGUGGAAUUCCAGGAACUUUCAUCAGGGUUACAUAGGAUAUGAUAUUGGCACUCUGCCCAUACUCCUGAAUGGGAGCACGUUCUCUCACUUCUACAUGACAAAAUGCACACACACACACACACACACACACACACACACACACACAUAUUCACACACCCUCCUUCAAUUCACUGGAGGGUGGCUCUGAAAAUAGAUCAAAAAAUGUAGUUCCAGAUUCAACAGGGUAAUAAAAGAAAAACAUCAUUUUCAGAUUUCUCUGCCUUAGUCCAAGAUGCAGAGGUCAAUCAUUGACCAUUCUACUGGGUGAUUUAUUUCCCAAGAAAUUUCCAGAGCACUGAGUGCUGAGAACCCAAAUUGUUUGAGUUCAUGACUGGAUUCCAAACACAUGGGAAUGCAGAACUCCACAGUUGGCCCUGUGGUAAGCUUUUCUUCCUCAACAAUAAUCAGUCCUCAUAUGAUAACCCUGAGGGAUAGAGGAGAGUUGUCAGCCAAGAUGUCUGAUAACUGGUGUUUACUGAAAGAUCUAGUCAGUUUUAUUUGCAGAGAGGGAUGGUGUUUGCUUUUAGUUGCUCUGCUCUCCAUCUUGAUAGAUUUACCUGUGAAAUCUCUAACAGAAGCUUGAGAAAUGAAAGUGAAACAUUUCUUUUUGAAGCCACCAUCUUCCAAAGGGCCACCCUCACUGACUUGGGAAGUUCUACCUGGCAUUGGCCAAGUUCCUACUAUGUGCAGAACACUGUGCAAGAGACUGGAUCAGAUAUAGGGAGAAAUAAAUUUUCUUCAAACUUAGCAGAGUUGCUGGCAUAUAGUAAGCAUUUAUUUGUUGAGGGACAGAUAGGUGACUCAGUGGAUAGAGUGCCAUGCCUAGAGGUGAGAGACUCUGGGUUCAAAUGUAAUCUCAUAUAUUUUCUAUCUAUGUAACCCUGAACAAGUCACUUAGUUCCAGUGUCCUAGCCCUUACCACUCUUCUGCCUUGGAACUGAUACUUAGUAUUGAUUCUAAGACAGAAGGAAGGUGUUUAAGAAAAUAAAUAAAUGCUUAUUGGCUGACUAGCUAGAAUGAGUCUAGAUCUCUGUAUUCCUAAGCCACUUGUAGUCUAGUAGUAGUCCUGCUGGUAUUUGUGAAAAAAGUAAUAUAUAGAAAUAUAGUAAGAAAUAUAGAAAAAAUAGAAAAUAUAGAAAUAGUCACUGAAACUCAGUCUAUUAAACCCAAGACACUGAGCAGGAAUCCAUUGCAGAUGGCACAACUCUGAAUCCUCUUCUCUUUAUGCCAACUAGUUAUUUGGAGAGAAAUGAAAAUCAUAGGAUUUUCCGAUUACGAUAAAAUAAGUUUGCUUUGAUGGGAUCAGAGAAAGGACAACAUGUUAGAGGGGAUUUCAAUUCAGAGGGCCUGAGUUUAAACCCUAACUCUUCUGCUUCCUUUAAUGACCUUAGACAAGUCACCUAACUUCUGUGAGCCUCUGUUUCCUCAUCUAUAAACUAAGAAGGUUAGACAAGAUGAUGUCUAAGUUCUCUUCCAGUUCUGGAUCAGUGUGUCUGGGAUUAUGGGGAUCACAAAUCUACUAAGGCUUACAAGGAUGAGAACUGUAACUGGGUUAGGCAGUAAUGAGGAAGCAGGGAAAAUGGAACUAGUGAGUAAUAUGAGGUGAAUUUUAGGGAGAGGUUUCAAGGUGAAGGUGGUUGAAAGUCAUGAUAUUUUGUGAGGUAGACAGAGGGCAAAAGGACUUUGGUGUUCAGUUAAGUUUGACUUCGUGACUCCAUUUAGGAUUUUCUUGGCAACGAUGCUAAAGUGGCUUGUCAUUUCCUUCUUCAGUUCAUUUGACAGAUGAGGAAACAGGCAAACAGGGUUAAGUGGCUUUACUUGGGUCACACGGUUAGUGAGCAUUUGUGUGUGGACUUGAACCCGGGUCUUCCUAACUCCAGGUCCAGUGCUCUUUCCACUGAACUGCCUAACUACUCCUAAAAGUGACUUACUAGAAUUAUUCUGAAGCCAGCAAAAACAAAACAAACAAACAAAAAUCCCUAACCUUUUCUUUACCUGUGAGAUUUAGGAGCAGUGAAAUUUGGUAGUGAUCUCAGAAGGGACUGGGCAAAUGGCAAUUAGGUGUCAUUAACAAACAUUUGGAACAAACAGCAACUACUCAGAAAAGAAGGGACUCUAAUUCUCAUGCCCUGGGUAAUAUUCAAGGUGUUAUAAUGACAAUGUCUUGUCACAGAGAUGAGGAGAAAGAUGCCAUUGGGCUAUUUACCAGGAAUGUAGUUUCUGUGUCAUCAUUUUCAAUUAUAUGCUGCCAGAGUGAUUGGAAAUGGACUUUUGAUCCAGUUUGAGGACAAAAAAGCAAUUAGAACCUUCAAAAGAAGUCCUUGUAGAUCUUCCUUCUUUGUAUUCAAAGAUUCUAUGGCUACCAACUAAGUCCCAUGCUAGAUUUCCUAAUUUCCACCAGACUUCUCAUACUAGAUCCAGUGGUGAUAUCUCCCACAUCCAGGUCAUUGCCGCUGGCCUGGGAUAAGAGUAUAAAGAUUAAAUCUGAUACCUGGGAACCAAUAUUUCAAUGAAUUCUUUGCAAAUCUUUGUACAUAAGAUUUCUGAUGGAGCAGUUACCUUCUUUCAGGAACUCCCCUUGCUUAAUAUUCAGGAAUUGUUUGAGUAGUAUUUCCACAAUUCUGCUAUAAAGUCUGAUAUUUCAAGCUUUAAUCACAGAGAAGUUAUACUACUUGCUUAUGUGAUGUGCCAUGUGGUGGGGCAUGCUAACAGUUAUAUCUGGUCUAUUUUAAAUAGUCCCACAGUACCUGCCACGAAAGUCUUCCUUGCAUAUUGACUAGCCCUGAUCAGAAAAGAUAUUAGGGAUGAGGAUUACUGUUGUUCAGUUGUUCAAACUGACUCUUCAUGAUGCCACAGCUCUCCAUGGGGUUUUAGCAAGGAAAUUUGAAUUGGUUUGCUAGUUCCUUUUUCAGUGAAUCCAGUGGAAUCAAGAGGUUAAGUGACUUGCCUGGGGUCAUGCAUCUACAAAGCAUCAGAGACUGGAUUAGGGAUGAGGGAGUUUAUGGUAUGAAGAGAUUGCUUGAUUUCACCUAAAGGAGCUGUUUUUCCAGGGUGGUUGGCAUGAUUCCUCUAGAAAAAGGACUCUUAUCAGCCUCAUGACAGAUAGAUUUCAGAGAAUCUAUGAACUUGGAUGAGGAAAAAGAAUCACAUCUUUAUGUGAAUAUAAUUGGUUUCCUUUGUAACUUUACAUAUUUUAUUUUAUGUAUUUUUAAAAUUUCAGUUCCUCCUUCCCCUUCUCACACCCUAGAAGGCAUCAUCUAGCAAACAGAUAUGCAUAUAUAGAUUAUGUCUUUCUUGUUUCCCCUUCUCAGUUCAUUUACUAAAGGCGAACAUUCACAAGUUAUUCUUCAAAUAUUAAAUCUGUUGCUAUAUAUAAUAUUCUCUUGAUUCUACUCAUUUCACUCUUCAUGAUCUCAUGUAGGUAUUUCCAAGUUUUUUCAAAAAAUUAAUCUGCUCUUCAUUUCUUAUGAUGUGUCAUUUUAUGCAUAUAAAAACAUGAUUCUGGGGGCAGCUGGGUGGGUCAGUAAAUUGAGAGCCAAGCUUAGAGAUAGGAGGUCCAGAUUCAAAUCUGACCUCAGACAUUUCCUAGCUGUGUGACUAUCAAUAACUUAACCCCCAUUACCUAGUCUUUACCUCUCUUCUUCUGCCUUGGAACCAAUAUAGUAUUCUAAAAUAGAAGGUAAAAGUUAAACACACACACACACACACACACACACACACACACACACACACAUUAUUCUGAGAAGAGAUUCUCAGUCUUUCCCAGAUUGCCAAAGGAGAUCAUGUUAGAAAACAUAAUCCAAGAACCCGUGUACUAUUUUAAGACGAUUGCUACCAAAAUGCAGCCCCUCACUUUUCUUUGUUCAGUCCAAAGUGCCUCUAUGAUGGGAUCAGAAGCAAAGAUUUCCCACUGUAAAUAGUGCUCUUUAGGGCAACUAGUGAACAUUUCUGGGUCCUUCUGAGUAAUUCUUUUGCCCUAUGAGCGAAAGUCAAGAGAGGUCACUUUUCCAAAACAAGAGGCCAUCCAUCAACUAUUGCAGAAAUCCUUGAAAGGGAUGGCACUGGGCAAAGUUUGUCUUGGCCACUUAUGAGUUCUCAGGCUACUAAUCAUCUAUGAACCAACUGUCUCUCAAUAUUUAAAUGGAUUUUCUGGCUAGUGAGCCCUUCAUAUAUGGGCCAGCAUCUGAAGAUGUUUCAAUAGACAGACUCAUGUCUGAUCCUUGCCCAUAAUACUAACACUUUUGUUUCCCAGUCCUUCAAAAACUUCUCUUUAGAGCUACCACCAUGGCUUCUUUCCCAGCCUCAAACUCCAGCCCCAUGCAAAUCAACACCUCAAUUUCAGAACCUGGAUUAGGAGCAUUUUCCUAUUUCAAUGGCCCCAUGGGCUUCCCUGGAGGUUCUCUCUCUUGCUUGUUAGAUCUCUCUGCACCAUAUCGUCCUGUCGAUGAUUUCAGCUUGUCUUCAAGCCCUCUGUUCUCUGUAAGAUAAUGUAUUCUAUCAUGUAAGAGGAAGACAUUUAUUUUUGUAUUUCAAAGAGGUUUUUUUUUUCCCCCUGUCACAAAACUCACACCUCGGAUAUAUAAGCAGAAGGGAAAUGAUUUGUUCUUGCUUCCUAUGUAUUUCAUCACCAAGUUCUUUGUCAAUAAAAGCUACCCACACAGGUGUGA